CUGAAAAAUCUGUCAAACCCAAAUUGUUAUAUUUGUUUAUUCAUGAAAUAGUGCACCGGUAAAUUGAGUGCACUGGCUAACUAGAAGCAAGUCCUGGGAAGUCCCUAGUCCUGACAGAGGUGUAUGACGAAUUGAAUUCAGCACGUGCUUAAAUUAUAUGUAAAUAACACAAUGUUGGAAGUGGACAAAAUGUUGGAAAAAUGCGGCGAUUUCAAUCGACAGCAGCUAAUCAUGCUGCUACUCUCUUCUCUGAUCAGUUUACUAUCGGCCAUGCUUAACAUAUCCUACUUGAUCAUUUAUAGUGUACCAAAGCAUUGGUGUGCUGAUGGACUGGGCUCGGGGCCUCCACCACCAAAUGCAGACGAAUGCAAGCCAUUCUAUACUAACUCAAGCACCUCUGGCACCUGCAAAAAGUACAACUAUGAGCAUUACAUGGGCUAUCAGAGUUUUAUCAGUGAAAUGAACUGGAUAUGCGAUGAGAAGUCGAAACUUAGCAAGGGAAACUCCAUGUUCUUGGCGGGAUGCUUGAUAGGCAGUCUAGUUAUGGGCUAUUUGGCAGAUAGACUGGGUCGGGUGCCCAUGCUUGUUUUUACCAAUGUCAUGACCAUAUUGAGCAACUUUUUGACAAUCUUUGGCAUGAGUCUGGAACUUUUUUGUAUACUUCAAUUCAUUACCGGUUUCGUCAUUAACGGGAACUUUGUGAUUAUUCGCAUUCUUCUUGUGGAAUAUAUGCGUCCUUCUUUGCGCACCGUUUGCGUGAACAUCUGUUACGGUUUCUUUUACUUUUUAGGCAUAGUAAUUUCACCUUGGAUAGCGAUCCUCACAGGUAGUUGGCGCCGUUUCAUGCUUCUCGAAGCGCUGCCAAUAAUUGUGGUGCCGUUUUUCUUUUAUUUUGUGCCGGAGAGCGUACAAUGGCUGAUAUCAAGGCAGAAAUAUGACGAGGCUAUAGAAUCCCUGAGACGUGUGGCCAAGAUUAAUGGCCGCCAAAUUGAUGACAGCGUCUAUGAGGAAUUCAUUAAGGACUGCAAAUUAAGUCAGCAAAAUACGAAGACCAAUCCAAAUCUGCUGCACCUCUUCAGGAUGCCGCGCCUACGCCGCACCUUUUUAAUAAUGUUGCUUGAAUUCUUCGUAUAUCCUUUCUACGACAAUGUCGUCACUUAUCAUGUGAAGGGCCUUGGCAUUUCUACAUUUUUAAUGGCCUCACUAUCUAUAACUCCUCUUCUGCCUGCAAACUUGACAGCAAUUGUCCUUCAAGAUCGCAUCGGACGCAAGACGUUGGCUUUAACAAUAGUGAUCCUCAAGUGCAUUUUCAUGUUGAUAACGGGCGUCGUCCUCUCAUCCGCUGCUAAUCGCUCGCCAAGAACUCUAUUUACGUUUUAUGUCAUUGGGAGCGUUUUUAGUUAUCUUGCCUUUUUUUUUAAUAUUCAGUACACCAUAGAGCUUAUUCCGACAUGUGUGCGUGGUCAGGCAUUGGGUUCUCUCUAUUCCAUAAGCUAUGCGUUAGAAAUAUUCAAUGAUUGCAUUUCGAGCAUGCAUAACAUCUUUUUCCCGCUGCCGGAAAUCAUUUUGGCCGUGCUCACUUUGCUGGGUGCCUGCUUAGUCUUACUGCUGCCGGAGACACUGGAUCGCACGCUGCCCAGUUCCCUGGAGGAUGGCGAGCAGCUUGGCAUUGACGAGCAUUGGUACACAUUUAGGUGCAUGGAGAAGCGCAAGCAGCUGGUGGAGCUUGAUAGCUCGUUGGCACCGCGAAACGUGAUAUAAGAAGGCACACAGCUAGUAUAAAUGCAGCAGAUGCUUUAAACAUAAAUAAGACGAUGUUGGAAGUGAACAAAACAAAACAAAUACUCGCUAGUCUGCUGAAUGAGAUCUUGACCAUGCAUUACGAAUCUUAAGCGAUAAUCAAUGUUGUGGUGUGCUCAUGGCCUAGGCUCGGGGGCACCACCAUCAAAUCGACAUUUACCCAGCGAAACGAACUGGAUGUGCGAUAAGGCGUGGAAACAAUCUGGAAGAGUCUUCGCUGUGUGUUAAGCACUCUUGUUCUGGACUAUAUGGGGGACAGAGUGCUUUGGCUGCCCACUCGUAUUUUGGCCAGUCUCAAUUCUAUGAUGGGUACUUUUUGUCAAUCUUUGGUACAAGUCUGUUUUCUGGAUAUUUCGGACUAUUCAAUAUUGUACAUUCUGCGUGAGUGCAAGGAUAAUGGCUUUAAUUUUUACUUUCACAUUAUCCUCCCACUCACAUAUAAAUGUAUAAGUGUAUCAG